AUGUUCGGUUUACUCGCCCGCGGGGUUUCAGCGUUCGUCGCGUCGGUCAGUGGCCUUCAGAAGGACGAUUCGGGUAUAGAAGGAAGCAGCCAGGAUGACUCUCGAAGUGCUAAAUCAACGAACUCAAGUAUCAGAAGAAAGUCGGAUUCUAUCAAAAGCGCAGGCAUUUAUGUAAAAGUUAUAUUUGAGUCUAAUCCAACUCAACGGAUCUAUAUCUUUAUGAUUUGA